GUGAGCGAGGGAGUGUAGGAGAGAAGGAUAGGGUCCCAGAAGAGAGUACCAGCCUCAAACACACACACACAUGCAGUCACACAUACACAUUCAUGUCGGCUCCCCUGUUGUACUUUUCUUUGGAACAGUGGAUUACUUUCCAAAUUGAACCACUCAGCGUGCAAAUCCAGGCAUGAUCAGGUGGCAGUGUGUCGGAGCGGUGUUGAACUGUGAAAUGAACCAUGGAGGGAUGCAGGAGGCCAGUCACUAGCCGAGCCAGCAGUCGAACAACCACCACCAGCAGCAGCAGCAGCAGCAGGAGAAGCACUAGCUCAGGGAGGCCCCGCAGCAUGCAGCUGGGCCCUCACUAGCACCAAGUGGACCCGGUCCUCUCCUCUUCACCUUGGGCCAGGGCUGCAGAAUGCUCAGUCCAGUCACCCCAUACAGUCUGUUGAAGAUGCACUGGUCUCCGGAGCACGCUGCCCCCUUAUCUCAGUGGCCUGAGCAGCACCUAGAUGUCACCUCUACCACCUCGCCCCCGUCUGCACACAAACACGACCCCUAUUCUACAGCUGCUCGCCGUGGCUUUGCCCCUGCUGGUUACCCUUGGGCCAGUGAUGACAUAUCAGCCCUUACUGCUUCUUCUCUGCUUAAACGCUACGCUGAGAAGUACUCAGGCUUGGAGUUGUCCUAUGAACGCCCUGCUCCUGGGGCCUACUCAGAGCCUGGGACUUUCCUGAAAACUGAAUCUGAGCCCUGGGCUUUGGGUCAGGGCAUGGAGUGUUAUCCUGGACUGGAGGCAUUAACUGGCACCAAGGUGGGCUCUGCGUCUGUGGGGAUCCCAGCCACAGGAAGUGUGACAGUAGUUAGCAGUAACUUGGCCUCUGAGCCAGGCUACAGUGGUGCUGGCCCCUGCAGUGCUCCAUCAUCUCAGGAAUACCCUCCUGCCUACAACAGCACAUACCUGUCCUCAGGAUACUGCCCUCAGCCCAGCGCAGUACUUCCCCCUGCCCCUCUACACUCUUUGCAGGCUGCACCAACUCUGGUGCCCAGCUACAGCGCCAGCACUCCUGUCUACAACUACCCCCCAGGGUGCUACCCUCAAACCAGCCUGUCCUCUGGAUAUAGCCACCCCAGUGCCUCCUACCUGCCCUCUGGGAUUAGUGCCCCCACUCCUCUGGCACCAAGGCCCACCAUGGUGGGGGGCAGUUACUGCUACCCAUCACACAGCCUUGGAGGGAGCUCCGAGGCAGGGGUGCCACUGAAACGCAAGGCCUUUGAGAUGGCAGAGGAUGGACAAGAGGGAGCAGAAGUGGAGGGAUCACGCUACAGAAAGUAUGGCAACGGCCAUGGAAACAGUCAUAGCAAAAGUCAUGGCAACGGGCACGACAAUGGCUACAAUAUGGGUGGCUCUGCGUCUGACCCACAGGCCUUCAAACCGGGAAAGCCCCUGAUGUCACCUCCCUAUGGCGGGGCAAGGGACUACAGCCCACCAUCAGGCCUAGCAGGAGAGCGUGUCUCAGGGGAGCACAACUUUCCUCAGCAACAGAGAAUGUCUAUGAAGAUACCUGCAUCGCACAUACGAUCUGAGGACCCCACUGGAGGGCGCUGAGCCUGAUCCCUGAUUGGCAUUUGAGAGGAUUCUCUCACUCUUUGAAACCUACCAGGGUUCUUAAUCCAGACAGACUUGGGGGAAUAAACUUGGAUUUGUCAAUGAAAGGUUUAAUUUCACUAGAGAACACAAGAGGGCAGAAGAUUGGUAUUUCUUGUGCGUCUUUAACAUUUUCAUUCAUGUUUUUCCAAAGAUUCACAGGGCAUUUUGCCCUGUAAGGUUGAGGUAAGUCUUAGGGGUGAGGUUAAGGCAUUCUCUAUAUAGACAGCGUUAAGACGGUCUACAUUUAUGAGUUGUCUGAUGUCUGUUUCUCUCAGGAUCCUAUUUAUUUCCGUUCUGCUACUGUGGCAGCAGUACUGCAACGUUGCUGUUUUAGACGUUAGUGUAAUUAUUUGUGGCCAUUAUGUAUGUAAAAGGCCUAUGACUGCAAUACGUUCUACCACACCACAAAAUCAUUACUGACCAAAAAGUAAGGAGAGCAAUAACUGAAAUGGUGAGAUUGCCAUACUACUUCAGCACAAUCACUGCUACUUUACACAGCUGACUCCAAGACCUGGUGUGUCACUGGGCUUUGAGAAAUGAAUGUUUCCCUGCUCAUCUCGCACUCCCCCCCAGUGGGAUUAAAGAAACUGAA